AAUGUACAUUAAGGAAAUGACGCAUUCAAACCGGAACUUACGUAUUCAAACAGGAAGUGAUCACAGAGGGCGGGACUUUUUUAAAAUUCGUGCGGUUCGUUUUUUACAACUGUUGACACUUCUCGUGUUUAUCCAUAAAGGUGCCUCUGUCAUUGCUGGUACUGUUUUCAUUGCACAACAGAUAGAGCUAUGUCUUCAAAAAUCCCAAGAGGUGUGCAGUUACCUGCAGAAAUGAAGAAAACGGGCAAUAAACCUGAAUCCAGAGACACAGCAACUGUAUCGGCAACAGCAAAUGCCCAAAAAUCAGAAGGCAUCCUUAAACCUCAAAAAGAAAAUGUGCCAAGAAAAAAUGUUGCUCCUAAAGCUCACAAAGGGGUUUCCACCAGGUAUGGACAACAGGCGGAGCUCAAGGGCCAAAAUCACCAUCUGAUGGCUACCAACGAGGAGCUGCAGAAAAACCUCACAGAGACACAGCAAAGAGUAGCUGAGUUGGAGCUGCAGUUCAGUGACCUUGAAAAGGAGAAUGCAGAUGUACAGAAAAACCUGAAGGACUGCCACGUCCUCCUAGUCGCAGCCAAUAUAGACCCAGUUUUAGGAGAAAGGGUUGGAGAAGCUGCACGACAAAAUGAAGGUCAGAGAAAAGAAGUUAUGAGUGUCUCCACAGAUCUGCUGACGGAAUUAAAAGCGUUUGGAGACACUGCAUCACAGCAACGUGCUCAGCUAGAGGAUAUCCAAACAACGAUGACAGAACUGACUAAAGCACGGGAACAUAUGAUGCAGGAAAGGGAGAACUUUUCCGUGGAGGCUGCUGAAAUGGUAGAAGCUCUCCAGGAAGCUGAAGCUCUCUUGUUGUAAAAAGUAACAAUUUCCCAACUUAAAAUGAGUGUUAAAAAUAGUGUAUAUUGAUGCUUAAUGUAUGUUUUAAUGUUAUUGUGACUGUAACUGAAUAAAGGAUUCUUAUUUCCU